AUGGCUCUCACAUCAGCUUCAAAAAAGAGAAAGACCGAAUACCAUAGCAGCUCUGAGGAAGAGGACGAGAACGACAACGAUGCUGGCACUUUUGCUCCCGUGAAUCUAAUGGAUUCAGAUGAGGAUGAGCAUACGAAGGAAGUCGCGAAACCUAAGUCAAAGAAGGACAAAUCAUCACUAUCUGCAGCGCCGAAGAAGAAAUCGAAUAGAAAAGAAGAAGUUGCCGAAGACGAUGAUAUCGAAGAGGACGACGAACCAGAUGUGGACGCAUUUAGUGGAGAUAGUGGAGAUAAUGAAGACGACGACGACCAAGAAGACAGUAACUCAAUUGCAGAUGAUGACAAUGAAGAAGGAGGUGUACGUGUGAAGACAGUCACAAAACGUCACGAUCCCACUGCAUUCUCGACAUCCAUAUCCAAAAUCUUGUCCACCAAGCUACCUACAUCCGCACGAGCAGAUCCAGUUCUAUCGCGAAGCAAAUCUGCCGCCCAAGUAUCAUCUGAACUUGCAAACGAGCGUCUCGAACAGCGAGCACGAUCAAAACUUCGCGCCGAGAAGAAGGAAGAACAGGAAAGAGGACGAGUCAGGGACGUGCUGGGAACCGAACGUGGCGAAGCCGGAGAAACAGCAGAAGAAGAAAAACGGUUACGCAAGAUUGCGCAGCGUGGUGUCGUCAAAUUGUUCAAUGCUGUUCGUGCAGCUCAAGUACGUGGUGAGGAAGCUGCGCGCGCAGAACAGAAGAAGGGCACAGUUGGAAUUGAGGAGAGGAAGAAGGCGGCAAAUGAAAUUAGCAAGCAGAGCUUUCUGGAGUUGAUCAAUGGGAAAAAGGGCAAGGCAUUGAAUAUUGAGGAGGCUUGA